AUGUCCAAAAUUUUUAUCAAAGUUUUGAGAGUUCCCAAUGCACCAAAGAGCUGCAUCGCGGAGAUAUUCAACACGGACGCAGUGGACGGCGGCAGCCCCGUCAAGAACGGCUCGACACGCUCUCGCUCUGUGAAGGACACACCCACUCGCCCCAGGGACACGCAUUCCAGGCUGUUCGGACAGAACGCAUCAGCCUCCGUGACUCCAAUGAUAACGGACACAAUUCGCAGCAACAUUCAGUUUGGUGACGGCGCAAUGAACGGCGGAAGUCCAACUCACUCGCCCAAGAUGAACGGAAGCGCUUCAUCUACGCCCAGCAGAGUAACGUACACGACGCCACCGAAGAGGAACCCCGUGACUGGCGACGGAGUGCUCCUCCCACCGCUGCGACGCAGACACCCGCAGGCCCAACGAGGUGCUGACUUAGACCAACAUCCGCAGCCGACACAUCGAUACUUCACUAGCGAUUGGCCUCCCCCACCCGCCAAUUAUUACGUAGAGUCCACGACCAGACCCUGCUUGACAACCCACCAAACCCCUUACACUCUCCUCGGUCUCAAAGCCGACGAUCCUGAAAAAUCUCAUCCAGUAAUAGACCCGGAUUCGAUUGAACCCCUCGUUCUAGACCGUCACUGGCCACCAUUCCCUGCGCAGCAUUACCUUGAACCGAGAGAACGUAAAGUUCCAUAUCACCCUUUACCACCUCACUCUUUUGUUGGCAUGACAUCUGCGUUAGGUGACAGGCCAAUGCCCGAGUACAAAUAUAACCCUAUACCGACCUUAGAUGGUCCAGUAGAUCCUUUUAUUGUCAGUAACCUUGACCCUCCACCCACUCUCUUUAAAUACGAAAGGGACGCUCCCAUUCCCGAUGUUAUGCCUCUUCAGACUUCAUGUGGCCCUGGUCCUAGCACCCUCACGGGUUUUCCUCCAAUAUUUCAUAAGUAUGUCCCGGGAUUCCUGUUUGAUAGACACCAGCAAGCGGAGGACUUCAAACAUAAGACGUAUUACGUAGACUAUGUUCGCCGAAGAGAGAUGGAGGGAAAUCCGAUAACCGGCGUCGGCUACAAAUCAUUGAACGGUCAAAUCAACACGGUUACGUCGAUAAACGGAAACAGCAGCAUUCUUCAUAACCGAGUCCCACCCGGGGGUUACUCAUCCGGUCUAUGGUAA